CGCGACUCGAAAUCAGCAAAAGCAUACUUGUUUGUUGGAGACCUUUCAUUUGAUGAAUAAGUGGAUGGCCUCCGAAACAAAAGGAUUCUUGUUCAGCGCAGGAAAACGACACGACAUUCAUUUUUCAAGCAGGCUUUAAUCAAACCAUGAAUUGUGUGUUAAUGCAAGCAGUUGACAGAGUUAGCAUGCAAGCCCUUCAGCUAUUUUUCUGCACAAUAAUGCAGCGAUCGAGUUACCUAAUAGUGUGCCUCUAGAUUAAGGGAGAGCUGGUGUUUCUGCCUUUUAUCUCUUAAAAGUCACCGGAUCGGCGGCUUUGCAAAUCACUGUGUCAACAUCUGCUGCCCUAGGGGAAAUCUCGCUGGCUAAUGCAACGUCACUUGGCCUUAGCGUUUUGUUAGUUAUUUUUCUCAACUCUUUGACAGUGAUCUCUUUUUGGAAUGGUUGGAUUUUAUUUUGGAUUUAGCCUUCUGCUGACUUGCCUUCUCUUGGACUUUCCAAAUAAAAAAUUGAAUUAAAAAGAGAUUUUCGCGGAGAAGAUGACGACCUCAUGGAGCGAUCGGCUACAGAACUACGCAGACCUGCCGGCCAACAUGGACGGUCUAGCGAUGAAGAAGUACAGGAGAGAGCCCUACCAUAGGGUGUUUGUAAACAGAAGUCUGGCCAUGGAGAAGAUCAAAUGCUUCGGCUUUGAUAUGGACUACACUUUGGCAGUGUACAAGUCUCCAGAGUACGAGUCUCUCGGGUUCGACCUGACUGUGGAACGCCUCGUCUCCAUCGGAUACCCUCAGGAGCUCCUCAGCUUCGUCUACGACCCCGCCUUCCCCACCAGGGGCCUUGUGUUUGACACCAUGUACGGCAACUUGCUGAAGGUUGACGCCUAUGGAAACAUCCUGGUCUGCGUCCACGGAUUCAAUUUCCUGCGAGGGCCUGAAAUCCGAGAGCUCUACCCCAACAAGUUCAUCCAGCGUGACGACACCGAGCGCUUCUACAUCCUCAACACCCUCUUCAACCUGCCAGAAACCUACCUCUAUGCCUGCCUUGUGGACUUUUUCUCCAACUGUGACCGAUAUGCCAGCUGUGAGACAGGAUUCAAGGACGGAGACCUCUUCAUGUCCUUCAAAAGCAUGUUCCAGGACGUCCGAGAUGCUGUGGACUGGGUACACUUCAAGGGGACCCUGAAGGAGAAAACCGUGGAGAACCUGGAGAAGUAUGUUGUGAAAGAUCUCAAGCUUCCUCUUCUGCUGAGCCGUAUGAACGAGGUCGCUAAGGUGUUCCUGGCAACCAACAGUGAUUACAAAUACACAGACAAAAUCAUGACGUACCUGUUUGAUUUCUCCCACGGUCCAAAGCUGGGGACGCCUCAUAGGCCGUGGCAGUCCUAUUUUGACCUGAUCCUGGUAGACGCCCGGAAGCCAGUGUUCUUUGGGGAGGGAACAGUACUGAGGCAGGUGGACACGACCACGGGGCGACUGAAGAUCGGGACCUACACAGGGCCCCUGCAGCACGGCAUUGUCUAUUCCGGAGGCUCUUCAGAUAUCGUGUGUGACCUGCUGGGCGCUAAGGGAAAAGACAUUGUGUACAUCGGGGACCACAUCUUUGGCGACAUCCUGAAGUCGAAGAAGCGUCAGGGCUGGAGGACCUUCCUGGUGAUCCCAGAGCUGGCUCAGGAGCUGCACGUGUGGACCGACAAGAGCUCAUUGUUUGAGGAACUUCAGGGUCUGGACAUCUUCUUGGCGGAGCUGUAUAAGCACCUGGACAGCAGCAGUAAUGAGAGGCCAGACAUCAGUGCCAUCCAGAGACGGGUGAAGAAAGUCACCCAUGACAUGGACAUGUGCUAUGGCAUGAUGGGAAGCCUGUUCCGCAGCGGCUCCCGGCAGACGCUGUUCGCCUCGCAGGUGAUGCGCUACGCCGACCUCUACGCCGCCUCCUUCAUCAACCUCCUCUACUACCCCUUCAGCUACCUCUUCAGGGCCUCUCACGUGCUGAUGCCCCACGAGUCCACGGUGGAGCACGCGCACGUGGACAUAGACGCCGAGUCGCCCCUGGCCACUCGCAACCGCCACUGCGUCGACUGCAAGGACAUGGACUGCAAGCGCAACCAGCUGACGCGCUCCAUCAGCGAGAUCAAACCUCCGCACCUGUUUCCUCUGGUGCCCCAGGAGAUCACGCACUGCCACGACGAAGAUGACGACGAGGAGGAGGAAGAAGAAGAGGAGUAAGGUGACGUCAGAUAGAGACAUGCAAGCCUGAUUUUUUUUUUUUUCUGUGUCUCUUUUCUGUACUUUCUUUUUAAGAAAGAGAAACAAAAACUGCUCUGAAAAGGAAAAGGACUUUAAAAAAAAAAAAAAGCUCGAUCGAUUGGAGCGCAAGCGCGAGUGAGACUAGGUAUGGAUGUGAGGAGGAGGUCUACAGGAGUAGAGAGAUGUGAGGAGGAAUAGAUAUGGAUGUGAGGAGGACUACAGGAGUAGAGGGAGAGGGAGAGAGAGCGCAUCACAGAGGGCUCCACUUUGCACACGGAUCUUACAAAAGAAUGUGUCUUUGUUGACCAUCAUGCACCGUCCGCAGUGGAGAAAUGCCUCAGUCAAAGAAAGGACAGGGAGGCAAUCCUCUAAUGAAUAUUGCGUAGACCAGGCUGAUCAGAAAACCUGGUGUUACCCUCUUAUGAAAAAGUGUAAUUUUUUAUUUUGUGAUGUCAUGAAAAAGAUCAUUUUUUGUGGGCGAGGGGGAUGAUGACGGGGCUAAGGUUAAGGGAAGGGCUAUUAUUUCUUGGGGGGGGGGGGGGCAUAAUUUGCAUCUAUGGUGCGCAAAACCAACAAAAAACGGUUCUAACACACACACAUAUACAAAGCAAAGGAACUCACUGUGGAUCUUAUUUUUAACCAUCACUAAACCAUACAGAACGUCCUGUAGUUCCCGCCUGUUUACAUACAAAUCAUCACAUUUCAGAUUGUAGGUAUGAUGAUGUAGAUUAAAACAUUGAGCCAGUGGUGCAUUACCGUAAACACGGUAUAACGAUGUUACAACACCGAAAAGCAAAAGCAUUCAGUUUUAGACCACUGUUUCAGUGUGGUGCAAGUGCAGUGAUUUAUAUAAAAAAACUCCUUCUUUGCCAAGGAAUCUUGCAUUUUAUCCUUGUUUUUUAUGACUGCCUCUGCAUACAAAAACUACAGAGGCCGCCUACUGCCUUUCAAACAACUCUGAAACCCAAGGAGUCUGACGAAAGAAAGCACAGGACUUUUUGCCACGUCAAUUUUGACUGAAGCACAAGCUUGCUUUUUUUUUUACUUUUACUUUCUUUUGACCAUUGCUGGAGCGUUGGGUGGCAGAUUUUCCUUUUUAAACAAAAAGGAGCACAUAAAAAGAUUGCAGAAUAAAAAACUCAUGCUGCCUGUUACUUGGCAACCACAACAACCAAGCAUCCGCAUGUGGCCGUUUCUUUAUUUUUAUUUUUGUUGUCCUGGAAACGGGAGCCUUGCAAACCACGCUGGGCUUAGCACUGCGCUGAGAUGUGAGCUACUGCAAAAGCUAUUUUCAGUCUUUUAAAGCUUGAUAGUGUAUUUUCAACUCCUGUUCAGAAGGUGAGACUUUCCAGAAACACCACUUCACUGCAGUAUGCUGUAUUUCACAGACUCUAAUCUCCAGCUCCCGCUCCAUUCAUAAGCACAGGACUCUAUGCCACCCGCAGCGAACUGUAUAGUUGUUGUUUGCCCUCAUGGUAGAUGGAUAGAGCUAUUCCCAAUAAACAGGCAAUAGGAAAAAGUGGCCUUCACAUGCAAAUGCUGUAACUUGUUAAUAUUCUGUCACAAUGGGACCUUGACAAGAAUCAAAGAAUCCACUGAUGCUCUGUGCUGUAAGCUUCAGUUGUAUCAAGGCAUUACAAGAAGUAGUCAGGUGGAGCUGUGAUGUUGGGCAAACCACAAAAAGCUCUGGCCACUGUAGUAGUGUCGUAAUAAUAAUAGGCAUUGCUAAUGCUAAACACAGGCGAAGAUGACAUGCCUUGAGAGAUCCUGACUGUUCUCUAAUUAGGCCUCUUUAAGGGCCAAGGAGGCUUUCAGGUUGCCCAGAAGCAUCAUUGUUUGAAAAGCGUUAUCAGUGAUAUAUAAUGUGCUUUUUGGGACAAGCUGAGGCCUGUGCCUCUCGAUGUAUACUGAAAGUGUAAGAACAUGUUUUGAAAGAGUGAGGGUGUGGUAGAGGCAUUACAAAUCGAAUUUGUAAUGUAGGCAUCGUACAUUUGGUUCAACCGCCACAAAGUUAAGUGGUUGUUUUGAAUUGUCCUUGUUUUGUUGUCGAGGUCCAACUCCUGCACAAGACUUUUGAGACUGUUGUUUUCUGUCAAACUUUUCUUAUGUGAAGAAUUUAAGUCUUCAUGCGUGGAACCAGUAAUGAACACCAUGACAUAGGGUUGGGGUUCUAGGUUUGUAUUUCCUCAGUUAUGUCGAAGCAUAGAAUUUACAAUAGCAAGUGCUACAACUUUUUUCAUAGUCCUGGAAAGGGAAGGACAAUAAACCUUGUGGUUAAUGAUAUGAAGUACAGGACACACACAAACACACACACACACACACACACACACAAACACACAUAUAGGAUAAGUACAGGACAUAGCCUGUAUGAUUUGUGAGAUAUUGUGCUUAGAACAGUAUGAAUUUAGCCAAACAGACAUGUUACCAUGACUGUGUUAACCAUUUUAGUUUAGCUGUGAUUUUUUUCUUCUAAAGAAUGAAGGGAGAACUGUGCUGGUUUUUAUGCAUAAUCUUGACUCAAUUUGGAAAAGUGUUUUUUUUUUUAAGAAUCUGUGGAUUCUGUGAUUAUUUUUUAUAUAUAUAUAUAUUUCUAACAUUUUAAAGUGAGGGAAUUUUGUCAAAAACAAGUCAGUGACAUUUUACAGGCAAUUCCUUUGUGAAGUGUUUAUGCAUUAGGAUGGAGCCUCAUGGAUCAUAACUGGAACAACAGUAAUAGAAAUAUGCAUUAAUAUGUCCUCUUGGACUGAAUCCGGGGGCUUAUGGACCGGUUUCUUGGACCAGUGUUGAGUUGAGUCCAGAUUGAUAAAAGUACAUUCUACAUGCAAAAUGCAGUUAAAUCCAGGACUCUGCUUGAUUCACACGGGCAAAGUUAACAGUCUAUGCAUGGGGGGUUGUUAUCAUGGAUCCUGGGGAGGAAAAAUACACAGGUGACAUGCUGUCAUCCCUAUUGAAUCUCAUCGUUAUGGAAACUCAGUAUUGUACAUAAGGAAGGGGCACACAAGAACCUAGGGUCAAGGGUCAAAACAGGAUUUCUCUUUGAAGGUCGACUUUUUGAAAUUGAUUGAAAGCAAAGACAAUGUUUGGCAACAUAAACACGUGAAGAAAAGAAUGUAAAGAUUUGAAUCUCUUUUUUUUUUGUUUACAAAGUGCAUCUGUCAGCUUCCUAGUGAAGCAGUAUUGCUUCAUUUAGUUUACAACAUUCUCUGCUGUUCUUCUUUCUUUGGAGGUUCCAUAAGAUACUCAUUUACAUUUUCCAGUUUUAAUAUAAACUCUAGUUUAAAAAAAAUAAUCUAUCCUAUAUCUACUGUGACCUACUAUGACAGUUCAUGUCGAGAAUGACAGUUUGUAGCCUACAACUUGCCUCUAUAGAGUAUUGUAUAAAAUAGAACAAGGUGCCAAAACCCAGAAAUGUUUGUUUUGUGCAUGUUCUUGUAUGUCCCUGAACCUAUAUUUUCCAUAAUGAUUAUGAAAGAAAAAGUGUACAUUGGGAAAAUUGCAUUGCUAUGUAUAAUAAAAGCUAAUUUUCCAUUA